AUGUAUAAGCUAUUUGUGACGAAUGAUAGUUUGAUUCUGAGAAAAGAAACACUACACGACAAUGCAUUGGCAAUCAACAGAAUCGAUUCAUCGUCAAUGAGAAUCAUAUCGAAAUCAGAGGCAAUGAACAGCACUCUCCGAGAAGCUCCUCGUUCAUUUCACUGUUGUCUUGGAAUAUUUCGUGCUGAUAGAGAAUCAUAUUUGGUUGUGGUUGAAGAUGCAAGUAUUGUUGGAACUAUCAAUCUUCCGGGAUCGACAGAGCAGAAUAUCAUUAUGAAAAUUAACAAGACCGACUUUAUUAGUUUUUCGAGUGGACGUGGUGUGUCACCGAUCGACACCGAAGAGCGUCCAUACACACAGGUGAUGAACUUGCUCAACACCGGUUACUUCUACUGGGUGAAAUGGCCAAUGAAUCACUACUACGAUAUUACCCGAACUUUCCAAGACCAGGUGUGCGACCCGCGCUCCGAUCUGCCCUUCUGGGAUCGUAUGGACAAGCGUUUCUACUGGAACAAAUACCUACAGAAAGAUUUCAUUGCCUAUCGGCUACUCGAUUGGUGUUUCCCUAUCAUUCAGGGAUACGUUUAUCACACGGUACUCGGUGAUAUCGGUGGUCGUGCCACCGACUACACCAUGGUGUCGCGACGAUCUCGUUUCCGCGCGGGAACGCGUUUCAACACGCGUGGUGUCGACGACGAUGGAAACGUCGCCAACUUUGUCGAAACCGAACAGAUUGUCAAUCUAAAGAACUUUGGCACGCUGUCGUUCCUGCAGCUGCGUGGAUCGGUUCCGGUGUUCUGGAAUCAAUCGGCGCCGCAAUUCAAUGAUUUCAAGGUGAAUCUUUCGAAUCUAAGCAAGAUCGGUAAGAUCUCCAAGAAGAAGAUCACAGUGCUUCGUUCGACGGAAUCAACAACGCCAGCUUUCCAAUCGCAUUUCAAAGAGAUGCUUUCAAAGUAUGGAACGGUGGUCGUUGUCAAUCUCCUGUCAAAAGCGAAACAGGGCGAAGCGGAUCUGGUCAAGGCGUACGAGGAACAAGUUGGAAUUCUACAUGCCGACACCGUCCAGUAUAUCGCAUUCGAUUUGAACGAGCAGUCAAGAGUUGGUUGGCGCAUGUUGGAACAUCAUUUGAAACAUCUCAACAUUCUGCAGCAACAUCAGAUACUGGAAUCCUACACCUACAUUUCACAGCAGUUGAAAACUAUAUGGGCAGACAAUGGCGAUGCUCUCUCGAUGCAAUACGCAGGCAGUGGAUCGUUAAAGUCGACUUUGACACGUGAGGGCGACUAUGGAUUGAUGGGAAUGUUGGCCGACGGCAAAAAGACAGCACUUCGUUUCUAUGUCAAUAAUUUCAAAGACACGGGAAGACAAGAUGUUCUCGAUCAACUGCUCGGUCUCAACCAAAAAAACACCAGUCCUACUCAUCAACAGGGACACGACGAUCGUAUUAGAAAGCAGGUGCAAGAGCGUCAGGAAGAAUACUCCAAGAAGGAAUAUCGUAAUAUUUUCAUUGGCACCUACAAUGUCGGUGGAGUUCCAUCGAACCAAUUUCAGCUCGACGAAUGGCUGGCGCCACCUGCACCCUAUCAAAGUCCGGACAUAUUCAAUCAAGCGAUCUCUAGAGAACAUCAAUCCCAAAGUCAAAUAUGUUCAGUUGCAAUCGAAUCAACUCGUUGGAUUGAUGAUGUAAUCAACAAGGACGACGAUGAAAUCAAGCGAAUGAUUCGAAAAGGCGAUUUUGCUGCGCUGUACGACGAUGACCAGCUCAAACAGAAUCUCGAAUCCAAGCGGGUGUUUGCCGGCUAUCGUGAGGAGCAAAUCACAUUUGCACCGACCUAUAAAUACGAUUUCAACUCGACGCAGUACGAUACCAGUCCGAAGCAACGUGCUCCGGCAUGGACAGACCGUGUGCUCUGGCGAAAUAAGCAGGCACACGACGUGCGUCCGCUGCACUACAGUCGCAAAGAGAUACUUACAUCCGAUCAUCGUCCAGUGAGAAUCUACUUCCAGCUACAGGUUCUCAAGGUUGACAAAGACAAGGAGAGACAGCUCCGUCAUCAGCUCUACGAGGAGACACUCACCAGCAGCAGCACAUCUAGCUCGAGCAGCACCAGCUCCAAAGACGGCGCCAACAUGACAAGAAGCAUGGUCACGCAACCAACGGCCAGAGUUCAACAACCGCCAGCUAUUAUCACCACCCAAUCUGCACCGACCCUAAAUGCUCCCACCCGACAAGCUCGACCAAACAGUGUAGGAGGACGUCCACUUCCAACCAUUCCAACAGCAGCUAACAACAACCAACAACAACAAGAGAUACUCCAAGAGAUGUCACAGAAAAGAAGAUUUACAGGUGGAUCGGAAUCAUUACCUAAAAUGAAUAGUCAGAAUGGUAGUAAUAAUAACUAUAACAUUGGUAGUAAUGGUAGUAAUAAUAAUCAUUCACUUAUGGAUACACCUGUUAAUCUUCAUAAAGGAACAACAAUCAACUCCAACAACAUCUACAAAACAUCUAAUACAUCUGAUCAUAUUUCAGAUGACAUGUUUGCACAGAUACAAUUGUUUCCAGAGGCACCCGUUACCAACCACAGUACCACGCCAUCACCACCACCACAACAUCAACAACAACCGCAACAACAACCGCAACAACAACCGCAACAACAACCGCAACAACAACAACAACAACAACAACAACAACAGUUUAUACAACAACAACAACAACAACAAUAUCUUCAAUAUCAACAACAACAACAAUCUACAAAUUUUCAGCCAAUCAUAACUCAACAACAAUAUCAACAACAACCGCAACAACAACAACAACAAUAUUAUCCACCUAUGGAACUGUUAAAUCCAGUCCCCAAUCCUACUAUAUUUAUUCCACCCCAACAACAGUACUAUCAACAACCACCCUAUCAACAACAGUAUCCCCCAGCAUUAGAUCCGAGAAAUAUCAAUCCAAAUUUGAAUGUUCAACAACAGAUGAUGAUGCUAUCAACAUUUUGUUUUUAUGAUAAUAUUCUAUUGGAAUGGGAACAAGUGAUAUGA